UAGCUGCGCUUGGUCCAAGCCUCAAGAUCAAUUUUGUUGACUGUAAAAUGGCUGAAAAUAUAAAGCAGGUUGUUAUCAUUAUGUAAUCAUGGCACUUAUGCGGAUCCAGCAGCCUGCCCUAUGACGGUCGCUCGGGUUUCUUGCUUGUAUCCCUCUUCAACUGCGGCUCUGGCAAGUUUAUUUUUAUGAUAAAAGCGUCCCGGGAGCCCCCCCCUUUGUGAGCCAGUGGGUGUGUGACGUUACCGCUGAGAGGAGGGGCCCCCUAUCCCCUGUCUGGCCAAUCCUCAAACUCGGCGACUAGGUCACAUAAGAAUCCCCCCUUUCAGGUUGCCAUGGUAACGUGCACUGGACCAGGCAGCAUCUUGCUGUGGUGAGAAGGGAAGACAAGAAAGGAGAGAUAGAGGGAGGGAGAGAACGAGAACAAACCACAGACAGAGGAAUCACCUAAAGCUCUUCAUCUGCUGCACCUCUUCCCUCUGUAGACAGAACGAAGAUGUUUGAAGCAGGGAGCUAAAGGCCUCACCAGAGCGAAGUGUGUGCUAGAGCCAGGGGCUGGGGCCUGGGACCAGAGGCCCCUGAGAGGGUUGCAGGUCCAUGGGGACCAUGGGGGAUCCUGGAGGCUUCACCACCACAGGGGAGCGGGUGAACCCUGCCCACGUAAUGUUUGACCGCUUCACCCAGGCCUCCACCUGUAAAGGCACGCUCAAGGCCUUCCAGGAGCUCUGUGACCAUCUGGAUCUCAAGCCCUGCGAGUACCGGAUCUUCUACCACAAGCUCAAGUCCAGGCUCAACUACUGGAAGGCCAAGGCACUCUGGGUUAAGCUAGACAAGCGGGCAGGCCAGAAGGAGUACAAGAAGGGACGAGCAUGUGUCAACUCUAAGUGUCUGAUCAUUGGGGCGGGACCAUGUGGCCUGCGGACGGCCAUCGAGCUGGGCUUCCUGGGGGCCAAGGUGGUGCUGCUGGAGAAGAGAGAUGCUUUCUCCAGGAACAACGUGCUCCACCUGUGGCCCUUCUCUAUCCAGGACCUCAGGGGCCUCGGGGCAAAGAAAUUCCACGGAAAGUUCUGCGCUGGAGCCAUCGACCAUAUCAGUAUCCGCCAGCUCCAACUGAUGCUGCUAAAGGUGGCCCUGCUCCUGGGCAUCGAGAUCCACGUCAAUGUGGAGUUCAAGGGUCUCAUCGAGCCCCCCGAGGACCAGGAGAACGAGAGGAUAGGCUGGAGGGCUGAGGUCCACCCCAGGACACACCCAGUCAACGAGUUGGAGUUUGACGUCAUCAUUGGGGCAGACGGAAGAAGAAACACGCUGGCAGGGUUCAGGAGGAAGGAGUUCCGAGGCAAGUUGGCCAUCGCCAUCACGGCCAACUUUAUCAACAGGAACACCACGGCCGAGGCCAAGGUGGAGGAGAUCAGUGGAGUGGCCUUCAUCUUCAACCAGAAGUUCUUCCAGGACCUCCGGGAAGCCACGGGAAUUGACCUAGAAAACAUUGUCUACUACAAGGAUGACACGCACUACUUUGUCAUGACUGCCAAGAAACAGAGCCUGCUGGAGAAGGGAGUCAUUCUGCAUGAUUAUGCAGACACAGAGAUGCUGCUGUCUAGGGCUAACGUGGACCAGGAGGCUCUUCUCUCUUAUGCCCGCGAGGCCGCAGACUUCUCCACCAACCACCAGCUGCCCACUCUGGACUUUGCCAUCAACCACUACGGACAGCCCGACGUGGCCAUGUUCGACUUCACCUGCAUGUACGCCUCAGAAAAUGCGGCGCUCGUGCGCCAACGCAAUGGUCACCAGCUACUGGUGUCUCUGGUGGGGGACAGUCUACUGGAGCCCUUCUGGCCCAUGGGAACUGGUAUAGCCCGGGGUUUCCUGGCAGCCAUGGACUCAGGCUGGAUGGUGAAGAGCUGGGCCCAGGGAAACACACCUCUGGAUGUGCUGGCUGAGAGGGAGAGCAUAUAUCGCCUGCUGCCUCAGACAACGCCAGAGAACAUCAGUAAAAAUUUCAGCCACUACAGUGUGGAUCCCACCACGCGCUACCCUAACAUCAGCCUCCACUUCCUCAGGCCCAACCAGGUACAACACCUCAUUGACACAGGGGAUUCAAGCCGUGAACUGCGUAUCGAAAUGGAGAAUGUAGUGACCUCGUCAACACCCAAGCUCACCCGAAAUGAGUCCAUCGCUCGCUCCAGCAAGCUGCUGAACUGGUGUCAGAGACAGACAGAGGGCUACAGGAAAGUCAGUGUGACCGACCUCACCAUGUCCUGGAAGAGUGGCAUGGCCCUGUGUUCCCUCAUCCACCGCUACAGACCUGACCUCAUUGACUUUGACUCCCUGGACGAACGGGACCAACAGAAAAACAACCAGUUGGGCUUCGACGUGGCCGAGCGGGAGUUUGGAAUCUCCCCCUGCAUGACGGGCAAGGAGAUGUCCCAGGUGUCAGAGCCCGACAAGCUCUCCAUGGUCAUGUACCUCAGCCAGUUCUACGAGAUGUUCAAGGACACAGUUCCCCCUGGGGCCGGAGAUAACCAGAACAUGAGCCCUGAGGAGAAGGCUGCGUUGAUCAACAGCACUAAGUCUCCCAUCUCCUUCCUUAGCAAGCUGGGCCAGAGCAUCGCCAUAUCCCGCAAACGCAAUCCCAAGGACAAGAAGGAGAAGGAUGUGGAUGGUUUGGGGAAGAGGAGGAAGACUAGCCAGGCUGGCCAUUCUGAAGAAGAGGAGGUUUUGAGGGGUAACCAUGAUGACAGGCCGUCCAACAGUACUGCUCUAACAGAGAGGAAGAUGAAGGAAGAGACAGCAGCUGUAGGGAACCAUAACAAAGUCAAGUCCAUGGCCACCCAGCUCCUCGCCAAGUUUGAGGAGAAUGCUCCUGCAGAGUCCAAGGGCCUCAAACGACAGAGGGAUUCUCUGCCCAAUCUGGAUCUUCUUGUGGCACAGCCCCCUCCUGCCCCCCUGGACCCCCCCAGGGAGUCUGUCUGCCUAGCUCUGGUCCCUGCAUGGAGACAGAAGCAAACCCAACAGCAGGAGCAGCUCAGCUUUGGCUAUAAGGAGAUGUUCAAGUGUCAGACCCUACCCAACAGAGGGGAGCAGCCAAGAAGCAGUACAGAGUCAACCUGUGGCUCACGGAGCUGCCCUAAGAAAACCAUUCUGCUCUCCUCCUCCACCUCCUCACUCUAUCUUCAUUUACAGAAAUGGAAACCCGUGCAGCUUGACGAGCCAGAGCCUAUUCACAUCCCUAGCAUUCAGGAGAGGUCUGCGAGAUUAGUCGCUAAGUUUAAGGGUAAACCUGAGAAACCGAAGGAGCUAGAGCUUCUUUGCUCUGAUGACCAAAUGCUGUUACAUAGCCUUAGUAUACAGGAGAGGGCUGAGCAGCUUGCCUCGCAGUUUCAAAGCAAGCCGACAAAGCCACAGCCUAAGAGAAAGCGCUCACGUUUCUUUAUAGAACAGUGGCACCUGUCACGCAGCCAUAGCCCAGAGAGCCCCCUCUCCUCCCCUGAAACGCUCCGACAGAGAUAUUUAAAGAUGUACACAGGGGGAGUAAGCUUAUUGGCUGAUCAGAUAGCCAAUCAGCUUCAACCUCAGGAGGAACCCAAGCCCUUACUUGACGGGAGGCAAUUGGUGGAAUUGGGUUCCCUGAGGAAGGAGUUUCCCCAGAACAUCGGGGGCAGUGACGUGUGCUUCUUCUGCCGGAAGCGUGUGUACGUGAUGGAGCGGCUGAGUGCUGAGGGCAAGUUCUUCCACCGUAGCUGCUUCAAGUGUGACUACUGCGGAACAACGCUUAGAUUGUCAUCCUACGCCUUCGAUGUGGAGGAUGGGAAGUUUUACUGCAAGCCGCACUACUGUUACCGCUUGUCUGGUCAGGCUCAGAGGAAGAGGCCAGCACCGACCUCUGCUCUGCUCAAUACAAAGGACAACCAGGCGUCCUUGCCCGUCAUGGUCACCGUGGACUCCCCCGGGAGGGGGGAGAUGGCAUCCCUGUCUCCCGCUGAGCGCCAUACCUCAGUCCCAGAGGUCAACGGGCUGCAGGAGCCCAGCCUGCCUAAGCGUCUGCGGGGCACACCGGAGCGCAUUGAGCUGGAGAACUACAGUCUCUCUCUACAGCGGGAGGAAGAUCUGGAGGAGGUGCCCGAGGAGACGCUGGCUGAACACAACCUGAGCAGCGUGCUGGACAAGGACAAACACGCAGAGCUGGGCUCCAGCAGCUCUGAGUCUGACAUGGAGGAGGAGGACCAGGAGGAUGAGGACAAUGAGGAGCAGCAGGAGCCCCCCAGCCCCUCAGACCUGGGAGGGGUACCCUGGAAAGAGGCUGUGGAGAUCCAUGCUAAGCUGAAGACCGACAGCGACCCAGGGGCCGAGGGAGAGGACGGGGCUCAAAUGGUUAGAGACCUAAAGGUGGAGGAGGAGGAAGAUGAUGAAGAGGACGAUGAGGAGGAAUCGAGUGAUGAGACCUGUGAGGAUGAGGACCAGGAAGUAGAAGUUGGCAGCCAUGAUUUUGAGCCGGGCACCGAGAUGGAUCAGGAAGACAUUCCCUCCGACGCAGAGGCUGAGGCUCUUCUACACCAGUCAGAGAUCAGUGAUGCGUUUCCUGAAGAGGACAAGAAGUCGGAAAGACAGGGGCUCGCCUUCAGCAUUGAACAAUCUAGUGUCAGUCCAGUGAAGUUAGUUGGGGAAGUUGUGCUCUUGCCAGUCAAACCACCGACUCCACAGCCUGAUUCACAGAUGUCUCACCCCUCUCCCUUCCUGGUCAAAUCCCCUGGCAUGCACUUUUUCCCAGAACCUUUUCCACUGGAGGACAUCACAACACCACAGAGGACAUCUCAGACUCCGAAUGCCAAGAGCCCUCCAUACCUUGCCCCCACUAUGUCCCCCAUCUGCUCCCCUGUUUGUUCCCCAGUCCAUUCCCCUAUCUGCUCCCAGCCUGUCCCACUGCUCGAAACCGUUACCACCAAAUCCCCUGUUAACUCUCAGUCAUGCUCCUGUCCCCCGACAGAGAACCCGCUGUCUCCCAUCUGUGCCCAGCCACUGCCCUGCCAAGAGCCUUCCUCAUCCCUCACCUCCGACUCCCCUGUCAGAACUCAGCCUGUCCCUGCAGUCACCUCCACACCGCUGGUCAAACCAGCCUCAUCUGACAGGGCUAUCCCCGAGCCACAAAAAUCCCUAGACUCAUCAGACCUGGAAAACCCUGUCAAGAAGACGGACAUCAUCGAGGAGUUCUGGCUGAAGAGUGCAGAGAUCAGAAAGAGUCUGGGUCUCACCCCAAUGGAACGUAGCAGCAGCAAAUCCCCAGAGAAGAGUCCUGUUACUGUGGGUAGGGUUCCACCCCCGGACUCCUCUUCGCCCAAGUCCUACACCCCAGAGGACUUGUCGGAGCAGCUUUCCCCCUUCACCGGCCGCUCGGUAAUCCGCAGGCUGAACAUUACAGUGGAGGGCCAGGUCAUCUCCCCUGUGGAGCCCAAGAGCAAAGCCACGGAUCAAAGGGACCUAAGUAGCAGCUCUGGCCUGGGCCUCAAUGGCAGCACGACCACCAGCCAGACCAGCCAGGCAGCCAGCGACAGUUACAACACCCCCGACUCCACCAUGCUCACCCCGCCCUCCAGCCCCCCGCCACCCCCACCCAAUGAGGAGCCAGCCACCCUAAGGCAGCAGCAGAAGCACCAUGUCUCCUGGAACAAUGGGAUCGAUGACCCCACUACACCUGAGCCAGCCAAGGCAGCACCCACCAAAAUCAAGAGCCCUGUGCCUGUACCGAGGACCCAACUCAGCCCUGUGUCUGUGCCCAAGCCUGCCCCCAGGGCUACACUGGUCACUUCACCAAUCACAGCUCCGGUCAAUGCUCCUGUGGUGACCAUGAGACGGGAGAAGAGCAGCAAACCACGUCGGGAGGAGGUGAGGAAGUCAUUUGUGGAAUGCGUGGCAGAGAUCCCGUUUGCAGACGACGUGGAGGACACGUAUGACGAGCGGACGCCAGACACAACCAUGGACAGGUUCUACACCCCACCCACAAGCAGGCCCAACAGGGAGAGGGAGAAACCUCCUCUUCACUUGGCCCUGGCUAUGGAGAAUGGAACAGCCAAUUUCCCCGGGAACCAGCAGGCCUCAAAAAACCAUAAGGUCCAACAGUUCUCCCCUGAGGCCAAGGAAAUAGCUGAAGAGCGGAUGAGAGCCAGAGAGAAGUCAAUCAAGAGCCAAGCUCUAAAAGAUGCUAUGGCCAAGCAGCUCAGCAAGAUGAAAGAGACGGACAUGGCCAAGGGCUCUGCCGCCACUGCUAAAGUGGUGUGGAAUGAGGCCUCAUCAGAGACAUCUGUAAAAAGUACUAAGAAGUUGUCCGGCUCGCCAAAGACAUCUGCGGUGAUUGCUCUGGAGUCAAAGAAGGCGGAGACUUUGCCAGAGCUUUUCUUCAACAUUCAGGUUAACAAGAGUCUGGACGGCUCGACUGUCUCCUCUGACGGCUCCGCCUCGGGAGGCAAGAGCAAGAAGCGCAGCUCCCUUUUCUCGCCACGCAAGAACAAGAAGGAGAAGAAAGCCAAGAACGAGAGCCGGCUCUCCUACAAGCACGGUGCAGACGAGACGCCGUCGCCUCCCAAACACAAGUCCCUGUGGAAGGCAGUGUUCUCAGGGUACAAGAAAGACAAGAAGAAGAAUAAGGAUGACAAGUCGUGUCCCAGCACGCCGUCCAGCUCUACCACCAAUGACUCAGGGAAGAAGAGAUCAUCUCCUCUCGGGAGGUCAUCAGAUUUGAAGUCGCGCCGAAACCGGAGCUUCUCCGAGGACUCAGAUCUGUCAUGUGAUGAUGUGCUGGAGAGGUCGUCCCUGAAGUCUAAGGCAGAUUCUGUUUAUGUCCCUCACGCAUUGGCGUUCAAGAGAGCGUACGCCACAAAGAAAACCUACACAGAGGAGGAGCUCAAUGCCAAGCUGACACGGAGGGUACAGAAAGCUGCCCGGCGACAGGCCAAGCAGGAGGAGUUGAAGAGGCUGCACAGAGCCCAGAUCAUCCAGAGACAGCUGGAGCAGGUGGAGGAGAAGCAAAGGCAGCUGGAGGAGAGGGGCGUGGCCGUGGAGAAAGCCCUGCGAGGGGAAGCAGACUAUUGGGGAGAGUCUAAUUACAGUCAAAUCAUGGACUUGCACCUGGGCGGGAUGGGCAAAAAGGACGACACCAAGCUCAUGCAGGAGUGGUUCAAACUGGUGCAGGAGAAAAACGCCCUGGUGCGAUACGAAUCUGAGCUGAUGAUAUUUGCACGAGAACUGGAGCUGGAGGAUCGCCAGAGUCGACUGCAGCAGGACCUGAGGGAACGAAUGGCAAUUGAAGACCACAUGAAGACGGAGGUAGAGCUGGCGCAGGAGAAGCACAUCCUGAAUGAGAUGCUGGAGGUGGUGGAGCAGAGAGACUCCCUGGUAGCCCUCCUGGAGGAGCAGAGGCUCAGUGAGAAGGAGGAGGACAAGGACCUGGAGUCUGUCAUGCUCUCUAAGGGCUUCAACCUCAACUGGGCCUGAGGAGGAGAGACUAAACUCACCAUCCACCGUAACUCAAAUAAUACACUAUCCCUACUGUGUGUCAGGGCUCAGUGAAGGCCCAACCCACGGCCUCAUGCUCGGUCCCAGAUAACCCCGUAUAGAAUGUGUGCAGAAUGGAGUUGUUCCAUUACGGUUCCUCUGUUGGAGCAGUCUAUAAUGUUUACAUAUCUACCCUGCCACCAGCCAGGCAUCAUUACCUCCAGUGAUAUCUCCCCUCACUAUCAAAUCACGGUGGGAGGAGCAACUACAUCCUGGACUGUCUCAGAACUUCAGAAGUUCUUGGAGCGGUUCUCCGGAAUGGGGAACAAUGUUUUAUGAUGUAUUUUAAUCUGAAACACGCGAAGGGAAGAAAGAGUUUAGGUCCUGCUGUUGUAAAGGAAUUUAAUGUAUGAUACCUGUUUCAAUGUACUACAUGUGUAGAACACGACAUAUUAGCAAAGCGGGGGUUUUAGAUGAGGGUAGGCCCUUGACCUAUUGACUGUUACAGGGUUUCUGUGGGAAGGGGAGGAGUGGUCUCACUCUCAUUCUAUCAGUCUCAACCUAACCUCAUAACAUACACUACUAUUGUGACUGCUGACUGGGGAGGGACAUCCUCUCCUUUAGCUGCCUUUCACUCCAAUUACUCAUUGGCUUCCACAUUCUGAGGAGCCAAUAAGGAUGAGACUCUAAAAGUCCCAUCAUUUUUUUGCACAGAGAUUCACCUGAAGAGUCGACACUAAGGAUCAAUGGAAUCUGGUCACUUGGUUGUUUUGUAUUUAUUCGCUUGGUUUUAAUAGAGAACCUGAAUGAACUGAUUUUGGUAUUUUCCGUGUUCACGGAGGAGAGUGCCUGAACUGGAGGCUCGACGGGUUGCACAUGUGCUCUCUUUAUAACAUUGACUGCAAGGAAAUCAACUCAAAACUCCAUCACCAAGAAGCCAUUGUGUAAUGGCUUGGAGUGGAGGCUGCUGCAGGCUCAGAAAAAUAUCCUGCGUUACAUUGUCUUUGACUCUGAAAGUUGUGCUGGUGUGAAUAGUUAACCUGUAGCAUAGCUUCAUUGACACAUGUACACUUCAGCAAGCAACCCACUUGACACAUCUCUUGGUGUCCUAGUUCUGAGCGAUCAUGUGGUUUCUCCAUACCAUGCCAUUCACCAUAAAUCACACUGGUAUUUCAUUUUAUAAUCAGUAGCCCUUAGUCAAUACUAAUUGGCAUAUACCAUGAAAUGUCCUCAGUGUAGGUUAAACAGUGAAGAGAACAACGUUCGGGGCAGUGUCUUAUUGGGAUUACACAGUAUCAAUACAUCGUGUUAUCAUAAUACCAUAAGUGAACGGACAUCACUAACUGGUGUCAUGAGAGACUUGUGUCAGUGGAUAUGCUUCAGUAUGGAAGUUCUAAACCACAGAACUCUGGCUUCGCUAUCCCUGGGGCUGAGGUACAUUACCUGCUUUGGAGCAGUAUGCCCUUUUCCCUUCUGUUUUAAUAUUUUACUUUUCUUUUUAGAGUUUAAACUUUUAUGUAUCCCACCAGAAGUACAUUUCUACAUUGUGUUUUUUGGUAAAAUCCUUUCAUACAACUACAGGUUGUCAAACAGCAGUUAUGAGUAGAAGUGGAGACAGAAAGGUUGCUCUAAACCACUUCUAUUCUGUCAGUCACAGGAGCAUGUGCUUUUGUUUGGCAUUUGACCUUACUAGCCUUUCCGCCAAACUGUAAAUCUCUGGUUGGUCACAGUUUUAUAUAUUUUUCUGUAUUGAUAGAUACAUACAUUGAGAAUUUGUCUAAGUAUUAAACUGAGCUGUGAAUACAAAAAAGUUAUGUAAUUUCAAGGCUGGUUUAGAUGGUGUGUGAUAAGUUUGACAGAUUUUAUUGAUAUUUAUAAACAUAUGUAAAGAAAAAUGAAUCCUAAUUUUUAAAACUGUAUGUUGACACACGACAAAUAUGUAAAUGCUGCUUCAUUUAGCCAAAAUGCAUAGGGUGUUGGAUGUAUGCUGAAACUGCAAUAAAGCAAUGCGGUUGUUCAUUUAGAAA